UUCAUUCUUCAAUACGAGUCCACAAAACCCCGAAAGACUUCCGAUCCUCCCAUCUUUCUCUCUCGCUCUAUCCUUCGUCCUCGCACAAACCCUAGCGAUGGCCGAUUCGGCUGUUGCCGAUCCUCCACCGUCCGCUUCGCGCCCUGACCCCUUCACGUCGGCUGACUUCGAUUGCCUCCCAAUUCCGCCUCUCGAUCCGCUGUUCUUCUCCGCAGACGCUGACCCCAACUCCAACUCGAUCGCCGUGCCUCAACCCUUCGAUUCCGAUCUCGCCUUCGACUUUGGUUUCGAAGGAAAUGGGGACUUCGAGUUCACCUUCGAUGGCCUCGACGAUCUCUACCUCCCCGACGAGAACGAGUCCUUCCUUAUCCCCUCCCCCGCCGAAAACAUCGAGAAGAUCAAUUGCGAGUCCGGUUCUUCUGGAAUUUCCGGCGAUCGGGCGUCCGAUCUCGCCGGGUAUUUGAAUUACCCGCCGUCGGAGUUUGGUAGCUACCGAUCGGGGGAUCAGAGGGUGGGUGCUGAGAAUGUGUCGAACGUUCCAUCGCCGGACUGCGAUACCUCCGGCGAUCGGGAGUUUUCGGGUGGUCCAGCCUCGUCACAUGGUUCGGGGAAUGGUGGAGGCUCUGGCUUGUCGGAAGAUACCAAUCCUCCUUCGCCAUGUUCCGGAAGCUUCGAACGCGAUGUUUCUUCCAAAUUGGCCGUUGAUCAAGAGGUGAAAGCUGAGGAGGACAUGUGUAAUGCUUCUGUGGCGAAAAGGAAGAAGGAGCAGGAUGACACAGUCUCUGAAACUCGAAGUAUCAAGUACAGGCGAUCAUCAGUAGCCGCGGUCAACGUGAAUAAUUCACAAUGCAGUGACGAGGACGAAGAGAAAAGGAAAGCCAGGUUGAUGAGGAACCGUGAGAGUGCGCAGCUCUCGAGACAGAGGAAGAAGUAUUACCAGGAAGAGCUUGAGGAGAAGGUGAGGUCCUUGCACUCGACUAUUGCGGAAUUGAAUGGCAAAUUAUCAUUCUUCAUGGCUGAAAAUGUCAGCUUGAGACAGCAAUUGGGUGGUGGCGGAAUGUGUCCGCCUCCGCCACCAGGUAUGUACCCUCCGCAUCCGAUGGCACAUAUGGGUUAUCCAUGGGUUCCUUGUGCGCCUUAUGUCAUGAAACCGCAAGGGUCGCAGGUGCCCUUGGUCCCAAUCCCUAGAUUGAAACCUCAAAAGUCAGUGUCGGCUCCCAAAGCAAAGAAAGUGGAGACUAAAAAGACUGAGGGUAAAACUAAGAAGGUUGCCAGUGUUAGUUUUCUUGGUCUGCUGUUUUUUGUUCUGCUUUUUGGAGGUUUGGUUCCAAUGGUGAAUGUCAGGUUCGGUGGAGGCGGGGAUACAGGUGCUGGCAGGUUUAGCUACUUGAAUGAUAGGUCUUACGAUCAUCACAAAGGUAGGGUUCUGGCUGUUAGUGGACAUAUGAAUGGUACUUAUUAUGCCACUGGUAGAGGGUCUUCCGGUGGAACAUACAGUACCGUUGGUAGUGGAGGCUGUGGCGUUGGGUCGGACUAUAAGAUCAUGAGAAAAGAUAGAGAAUCUAUGCCCAACACGAGCGAGCCACUUGUUGCUUCUUUGUAUGUUCCUAGGAAUGAUAAGCUCGUGAAAAUUGAUGGCAACUUGAUAAUUCAUUCUAUAAUGGCGAGUGAGAAGGCUAUGGCAUCCCAUGCAUCUGGUGAAACAAAGAAUGAUGGGAUUACUGAUCCAACAACAAGGCAAAAUCUGGCCUCAGCAUUGGCUCUUCCUGAAGUUGCAAGGGCGAACUCCCAUGUGUAUGGAAAACCAACUGAAAGGCAGAGGGCCCUUGCUUCUGGGAAUGGCAAUCCAUUGAAGGAGCACAUGAAGUCAACCACAGCAGAUGGUAAGCUGCAACAGUGGUUCCGUGAAGGCCUUGCAGGGCCUAUGCUGAGUUCUGGCCUGUGCACUGAAGUAUUUCACUUUGAUGUCUCUUCGGCUAAAGGAGCCAUAAUACCUGCUUCUCCAGUUGGUAAUGUGACUAAUGAAAAUCAUCGGAACGCCACUCACGCGGGAAAGGGGAGAAACAGGAGAUUCCUUCACAAUUUGCCCAAUCGCCUUGCUGGGUCCAAUUUCAAUGUGUCUGAGGAGCAAGCGAGGAGAAACACGAAGACUCGGGACCUUCCAACUAACAAGUCUCUUUCGUCGAUGGUGGUGUCUGUACUUGUGGAUCCCAGAGAAGUUGGAGACGGGGACGUUGAUGGCAUGGUCCCUCCGAAGUCCAUGUCUCGCAUUUUCGUGGUGGUGCUAAUGGAUAGUAUCAAGUAUGUGACGUAUUCCUGUGUACUUCCGCGCGCUGGUCCUCAUCUGGUGACUACUUGAGGUGGAGAGAAGUUCGAGAGCGGUGUGGCGACAACAUUCUGCUCCAACUCACAAUUUUGUAUAUAUGUCAGAGAGACGAGCUAAUAUGACGGUACUAUAACCUUGUGCGGGGUUUCCUGGGGGCUAUCGAACUAUCUAACUCUUGCUUAUCUUGUCGCUCCUCCGAUCUCGAGUCCUAUGUUUAGGGUGAUGGGAACUUGAGUUCUUUGGAUGGUGUGGUGGGAUGCUUUGCUAAUCAUAGAAUAAGGCAAUUAUGGUUCAACGUACUCUUGUGUCUUCAUCAGCAACUGGAAGCUAUCAGCUGAACGUAGUUUGGUAUUGCUUGGAUUGCCAGUGACUUUAUGUUGAAGCAUCUAGUUAAGUAAUCUGUACUGCUAUCUGCUUUU